AGACAAAGAAGAAGAAGAAGAAAACAAUGGGAGGAGUUAGAAUGCACACGAAAUCCGACUCCGACGUAAGCAUCGACCAAUCAACAUCGUCGCCACCGCGAUCUCCACGCCGCCCACUCUACUACGUCCAAAGCCCAUCCAACCAUGACGUCAUCGAGAAGAUGUCGUACGGCUCCUCCCCCGCCGCAUCACCCCAGCACCACCACCACUACUAUGUCUGCUCUCCCGUCCACCAUUCCCGCGAGUCCUCCACCUCUCGGUUCUCCGCCUCCCUCAAGAACCCUAGCCGCCACCCUCACCACCACCACCACACCUCCUCCUCCUUCGCACCCUGGAAGAAGCUCAGCCGCCACGAUUCCGAAGCUGCCGGUGACGAGGACGACGACGACGACGACGCAUAUGAUGACUCCGGCCGUAACAUCCGCCUCUACUUCUGCUUCUUCCUUCUCUUCGUGGUCCUGUUCUCCGCGUUCUCUCUGAUCCUUUGGGGUGCCAGCAAGAGUUACAAGCCUCGCGUCACCGUUACGAACAUGGUGUUCUGGAAUCUGAAUGUACAAUCUGGGAACGACGGAACGGGGGUGCCAACGGAUAUGCUGUCAUUGAACUCAACGGUGAGGAUCUCAUACAGAAACCCUGCCACCUUUUUCGGCGUCCACGUCACCUCCACCCCUCUUCAGCUCAACUAUUAUCAACUCAAACUAGCCUCCGGCCAGAUGCAGAAGUUCUAUCAGCACAGGAAGAGUCAGAGGAAGCAAGUGGUAGUGGUGUUAGGCCACCAGAUUCCACUCUACGGCGGGGUGUCGGUUCUCGGUGACACGAAACAGCACAUGGAGAGUGUUGCAUUGCCAUUAAACCUCACAUUUGUGGUGAGAUCAAGGGCUUAUAUCCUCGGAAGAUUGGUCAAGUCCAAAUUCUACACAAGAAUCCGAUGUCCGGUCACCUUGCAUGGCAACAAACUUGGAAAACCUCUUCACUUGAUCAAUUCAUGUCUCUACGAUUGAUUUAAUUCUCUUCUCCUUGGGCGUCUCUCUCGCAUGUAAAGAUAUCGAUCUUUAUUUUUUUUUGUUACCCAUUGACUCUGUUACUAGAACUUGUCGUGCCAAUUUUAGUGUAAAUCGUGUGUU